CCGCAACGAAAUGAACAAAAAUUGCAAUUCGCAUCAAUCGGCAGACCAUUUCUAAAGACUUCGCAUCAGUGCCGAUGGGAUGCCAUAGCAUAAGCCACACCACAGUAAGCAAGAACAAUAAUUAGCUACAUGCAUGGAAAUAAUAGACUGUUUUCAAUAAUCUAAUAAGUGAAUGGAUUUUCUGAAACUGUUCAGUGAUUGGUUUUAGUGCGCAGUUUGUCAGUUUUGACUGACAGGUAAAAGUUACGAGGCUCAGCAGCUCACAACGUUUGUAGGAAAUGAAUUCGAGCCAAGGCUAAUAACAUUUUCGACAUCUCCAACGACAUGAUGCACUGGGCCUUGGUAGCUGUACUGAUAAUUUCUCUUUUGACGCUUUCUGUGAUCGGCAAUGAACCUCCGGCUGGUGUUACAGUUACAUGUGGUGACUAUGUUAUCGAAGUGUCGAUUGAAAAGGCAUUAUAUCCGUCCUUAGAGGCGAACCGGCUGCGUUUUUAUUACUCCUCAUCAGCUGGUUGUCAAGCCACACAAACCUCCACGCAUUUGUAUGUCAGCACUUCUUUGCAUGGCUGCGGGACACUGUUCCUCGAAACGGGAGACAGUCUUGUUUUCUCGAAUGUCGUUGUACAAGACGCAGUACCACUCCAAGGAUCUGGCGCUGGAUCUGGAGAUUAUGGCUCCGCGGCCGUGAUCACUCGAGAUCACGAUUUUGACCUUCCUUUCGAAUGCACCUACUCGAGGAAGAAGAUUCUUAGCUUGCAGUUCGUUCCUGAAGGGAGAGUAGAGAUACCUGACGUGGUGGAAUUCGGCGACCUCACCUUCACAUUCGAUGUCUACAAAACUUCAUCAUAUUCAACAGCCUACACUAACGAUGAAUUUCCAGUUGAAGUGACCCUCAAUGAUUACAUGUAUUUUGAGUACAGCGUAGAGUCCACUGCUGACCUGGUAGUAUUUGCUGUGACUGUUAAGGCCACUCCAGAAGCAAGUUUCUAUUCGUCACCCCAUUACUCUAUUGUAGAAAAUGGAUGUCCAAACGAUACAACUUUGGAACACGACUACGACGAGUCCCGCAACUAUCAAAGACUCAAGUUUCGAGCAUUCAGAUUCGUCAAUAACUACGAUUCGUAUUACAUCCACUUGGAACUGUUGGCCUGUCGCGUUAACUCUCUGAAUUCCAGGUGCAAUCAAGGAUGUUUGAGCGGGAGCAGCGGGAGAAAGAGAAGAGAGGUGGAAGAAGAAAUGAGCACAUCAGACAGUUAUGUUAUCAAAAGAGGGCCUCUGCGGAUAAAAGAAAAGCCGAAGGAAAGUGCAGAUACAGGCAAGCAAUCUGCGGCUGUAAUUGGAGGCGCAGCGGCCGCUGGUGGUUUAGCCUUGGUUGCAAUCAUAGCCCUGGCUGUUUUGUUUGUCAAGUGCCGCAUUGCACGACUUUUGCUGAACAGGAACAAGAUCGAAGAAAUGUACGCCAACCAAGACGAGCAGAUGAGCCGAGAAAAUGCUUAUAUCCAGGAGGAUGACAUGAUCGAAAACACUGAAGAGAUGUAAAACCAAAAAAAAAAAACGUUACCUGUGAUUUUUAGAAGCCAGUUUGUUAGGACCUGCAAGAGGCGGUGCCGCUAAAUUCCUCACGUGUUACACACACUGCAAUGUAGUGUCCGUGAUUGGCGAAUGAACAUUAAAAAACUAACCAAUCAGGAACAGGACAAGGAGUGCCAUAGCUUUUAGAAUUUUUCGCCUCUAUCCUGCGUUAUUUUUCCUGAGAGUUAAGGAAAAAAUGGCAUCCAAAAAA